AUGACAACCCGUGAGGGUCCAAGAAUCCUGUUCUGUUUGACAACCCGCGAGCUCCAAAAUCCCGCCAAGUUCAGACAGUAUACCCAACCCGGUCGCAGAUAA